AUGACGUGCGAUUCCCUCGUAGAAUUGUUCUUUCCACCGGACGACCUUGAAAUUGAUGUAGUAAUUGGUCAUGGCGUGAAGCUUGGUCAACAGGCUCAGAAGAUUAGAAAAUCUCAUAAGUGCAUGUGGGUUCAAGUAGUGCACACUGCUCCGGCUGAACUCGGUAUGUACAAGGGCUAUUCGAAUGCUAUCACACAAAGUGGAGUAAAGAACCAGCGUGAGGUUAGUCUUUGCAAAAUAGCUGACCUUAUCAUGGCAGUUGGGCCUAAAUUGAAAGGUUUCUACUCCACUCGACUACACUCUUUCAAAAAAGAGCAGGAUGUCAUGGAAUUUACUCCGGGAAUUAUGAGUGAUUUAAAUGGUGUGAAGCUGUCGCCAAACGAGAACGAUGAGUUUCAGGUCCUGAUGUUUGGGCGUGGUGAUGACGAAGACUUCGAGCUAAAAGGCUACGAUAUUGCCGCUCGGGCAUUUACAAGUCAUGAGCUGAAAAACGACUCCUAUCAUCUCACUUUCGUUGAAGCGGCCCCAGGAAAAGAAGACGAAUUUGCAGAUAAGAUUCUUCGACAUAAAAUCUCUAAAAACCAGCUGUCUGUCGAAGAAUAUAUCAAGGAUAGAGAUGGAUUAAAAGAGCUGCUUCUUCGUAUGGAUCUGGUUAUCAUGCCUUCAAGAACGGAGGGAUUUGGACUCACUGCUCUGGAAGGCUUAUCCGCUGGUUUGCCUAUCCUUGCUGGCCAUAACUCAGGCUUUUCAAAAGCGUUGCAGAAGGUAAAAUUUGGAAAACACUAUGUAGUUAACUCCGAUAAACCCGAAGACUGGUCAAAGGCGAUCAAGAAGGUCCGUCAAAAGGAGAGAAAAAAGCGGCUAGACGAGAUGCAACAACUGCGGAAAUCUUAUGGACAGAAGUACAACUGGGCAGAACAAUGCGAGAUGCUUGUAAGGGAGAUGAGGAGAAAAGUUUUUGGUAGGCAGCUUCUCUUUUUUCUUUCCCUUCCUUGCUUUAAAACAAUUGAAGCAAUGACUCUUUUUGAGUCAGCUUUUUAAUUGUUUUUCUCUUUAAUUGUCCGUUUUUCUCGUCAUUCGUUUAUUGAUUCAUCGAUUUGUCUUUUAUUUAUUCAUUCAUUUAUAUACUUACUUAUUCAUAAAUCUGUAUUCUUAUCUAUUCAUGCCCAACUCUUUCUCCUUCCUUCUUUCCUUCAAUCAUGUCUUCCUACCUUUUUAUCUCUUUCCUCUUUCCCUUCCGGCUAUUCCUUCAUCUCUUUACCAAUAUUUCUACUACUACUAGAAAUCAACUUACAUUCUAUAAUAUUAUAGAUUUAAGCGUUUCAUUACUCUCGUAGAACUUCAGAACAUCGACAAUAAACCUACGAAGACACCGUGAGAAGUAAACACUAUGGUGAUUUAACUCAGGAUUUUUUACUACUGAAGAAACUUGACAAUUAAAGUCUUUUUAAAAUUUUUUAUUUCAUUGUAUUAGCCAGGAAAACAUUUACCCAAAUUAGGCUUUGUAAGAUCACCAGAUUAGAUGUACAUAUUUUAGUUUUUAUAUAAAUUUCUCAGUAGUUGUUAAAAGACAAAAUUGGCAUCUAACAAGAAUUUUCCUUAUAGGUGUUUUUUGACUUAUUUCAACGUGGAAAAUGAAUGGAAAUAAUAUAUUAGCACAAGCCAUUCAGUAAAAAUUAUAAUAAGCCAGUCAAUCAUUUCCUAUUUCUUUUGGCGGUCUCAUCUUACAGGUAUAAUUUAGCACGCUCGACACCUCUUUUUCUUAGAGGUGUCUUAAGGUGUAAACAUGUAGCACUUUUCAUCUUCCGCACUGAAUUUAUAAUCAAGUAAUUUAUACGAAUAGCACGUUGCUCUUUUAGGGCCGGUACCUUGGGUACGCCCUUUCUUCUCCGAAUUUUCUGUUUAUUCUGUCGUUAUGUAACAGUCCUAAAGGGCUAUGUUCUCUCAGGAUAUGUCUCCAACUUUGAUUUUACUUCUGUUAGUAAGUUUAUUAUAAUUUUUACAUUACCAAUCUUGUUUUUCUUUCGCCCGACUUUGACCGUAAGAUUAAGAAAUUUAAGGUAGAAGGUCAUUUUUUAAAGCACAGGCAUCGCGAAGGUACCUACUUAGUAUGCGAACUCCACUCUGCAUAGCUUAGCGAGAUUCGCUAGUUAAGUGUAAAAGCAUGACGAAGGUUAUAGAUCGACAGCUCAGUAAGCGUCACCUUUAUAAGCGGUGACCCAUACUUUCCUUGGUAGAUCAGAGCUAGUCUCCGUUGUAUUAUCUUGCGUAGAAAAAGAGUGAAUAAAGAAACGGACAACCGACAUGUGUUAGAGUUCUCUUCUAACAUAGUGCAGUACUGAAGUUUAAUAGUCAAUGGUUUCACUCAGAGACCCGAACCAACAGUUCAGAAGAAAGUAUGUUACUCAUAAACAUUAAAUGGAAAUUGUAUUUGUUUUUAUUUCCCGUCUUUUUUGACGAUAAAGCUGUGCAACUUUAUCGUAUUUGAGCUAAAAAGUUCUUCUUCACGGAAACGAACUAUUCUUUGUACAUGGGGAUCCGUCACAUCUGUGUGGAGAAUUGUGACUCAGAGACGCGAAGAUGUGGUAUAAUGUUCGAGUGGUGGAGCAAUUUUCAGAUAAGUGUCCAGAGUCCUGGAGUUAUCGGUCAAAGUGCGCUGUGAUUGGCUUAGACAACUCACGGCAACUAAUUUCAACCAAUAAGAUGCAAACCAAAAACCAUCGUUACUUAGUCACUGAUGUUUUCUGUAAGGAAGUUUUCCUUCGGGUAGUUUGUGUGUUUUUUACUUUUAUCUUUUUUAACUUGAAGUUUACGACGGUUUCUUGGGAUAUCUUUUUUCUGCUUUAAUCGACGGUUGUGAUUAGACACCCAAUCCUUAGUUAUAUAGUCGUUUUCCAGACCAACGCACUAUAGCUGACACUCUAGCGGUGUUUCGGACAACAUCUACAGGGAUACGCCUCACCAGCCGGGAAAAAGCGCUAUCCUCAACAGUAUGAGACAAUUGUGAAAGAUCUAUCCACAACAUACAGACUUGUAUAACAAAAGUAAGACAUGCAUUCUGUCAUUCCGUUGGAAAAUAUAAUCUUUCAAAUAAAUAUACUACCAUAAGUUGUUGUUAGUUUUUUUUUCUUUGUUAUGUCCAAAAUAAAAUUUAUAAAACCUAUUCCAUUCUUCAGUCCUCCACCCAUAAAUUUGUUUACCUUCAGCUAUUCCCGUGGAGGCCUCGGAAAGAAACACUCUUAGAAAUAAGACCUGUUGUAACUAGAAUUGCGUGCAUAUUCCCCAAAUCCCUUGUAGACAGGUAGCAGUUGGUUUUAUACAACAAAAAUUGUCAGCAAUGUGAGAAAGAAACUAGCUCUGUUGUGGACUUUUACGAUCGGAACAGACACUGAUGAUAAUAUAUUUAGUAAUGUAAUAAAUGAAAGCCGGAACAGAAAGGCGAGAGACGAAGUUUGAUCGUACUUUUGAGAUGCUUCCGUGUUUUAAUACGCAUGCCAAACCAUGACACUUCCCUUGAAAGAUGGUCUGUGUGUCAGCCUCAGCCCAUGUACCUAGCGGUUAUGUGCGCGAUUUUAAGCGUCAAGCGGCGGAGCUGCGAAAAACAGGCCGUGAAGCUGCGAGAGGCUUUAAACGAAAAAAUAGACGGGGUUUUCCAACCGAAGCUUCCCCUCUCGUCUCUGGUCCUCUGUUGCCUUUAUUUCCACUUAGCACCCUUAAAAACUGCUAGCUUUUGAACAUGGACGGGACAGGUACAAGCUGCGGCGAGCCACACUCGACUAGCCUUCCAGGGACAUAUAUAUCUAUGAAUUCAGUCUCUGAACCCUACCUUCCGCCCCCUCAUCUUGGGAAGUAUUAAGCAAUGUUUACCUCGCGAAUACUUGAUUGAGACAAAUCACCGAAGGAAAUAACCAAUCAUCCUAAAAGUCAGGCUGCAUAUGGCCAGCGGUGUAACCCUGAAGGAUAAAAUUCAACAUGGCGCAACACACGCCGCAAAAUUGACGUGGUUGCUGCAGUUUUCGGCUGCAGUAAGAUCACGGUUUCCUUCAAAGAAAUUGCAAGUCGGUUCUGCCAAUGUUGAUGAGGGAAGUACUGUCGCUGUACAGGCGAAUAUUUCGAGUAGCAAGGCAGUGGAGAGUUACAACAAUCGCAAAUACUGAGGCGGAGAGACUGUACAUCCAAGAUGAAGCGCGAAGCAAGUAAGGAUUUCUCGAAGUUUCUGCUGGUAUUUUGACCUUAUGAUAUAAUUUCCAGUGUUUCGGUGUCUUAGUGAAGAAGUUUUGAGAUGAAGUAGUUAUAACUUACCGCUUCUUAGACUGAAUCAAAGAACAUGCUUACAAGAGCACACGUCCGAAGGCCAGGCCUAUCGAAUCGAAAUUUUAAUAGUGAAAUUACGGGAUAUAUGAAAAUGUUUCUUAAUUCUGCCUUUUUAAAAUAUUUCAAAUGAAAAGAUCAUUUCUACUUUAGAGCUUUUUGUCUUUGCCCCUGUCAGUCUAUUAGCUUCAAUAGCCGCUUCAGUUUGGUUUGAACAAUUUCAUUUUCAGAUGAAGUCUUUGCAAUAGACAGAAUUUAGAAAAUAUCUAUCUCCAUACUGUCUCUUACAAGAUUCAGUGCCUGAUUAUAGAUCCCUUUGGUUUGUGCUGUUUGUUGUUUUUGGUUUGUAUUACCUCGAGCUACCCAGUGACUGGAAACUGAAAAUUAUCCUGAUAUUGCAGAUCACCAACACAGAGGAGAUGAAACUUUGUCUUCACCAGGCCAAUGCGCGAGUAGAGAUAGUUAUGUAACAAAAAACUCUCAUUACUUAGCAUGCUCAGGGGCAGAUCGCAUGUACAACAUGUAAUCUUGCACAAUAUCACAGUGGAAAAAGGGAGCAAGGAUGUUGUAUUAAAAGGAGGGGUGGCCUCCCACUGCUGAGGCCCAGGUUCAAUUUCUGGACCUGGUGUCACAUGUGAGUGAAGCUUGUUGUUUGUUAUGAUCCUUGCUCCAAAAGUUUGUCUCCGAAUCCUCUGGUUUUCCUCCCUCCACAAAUACCAAUAUUCUAAAUUCCGAUUCUACCUGGAAACACUGGACAAAGAAAACCACCUUGUGUAUAGACUACAAGAAGUCCCUCCUUUCUGGCGAAGUCCGUUAUGCGAAUAACAAAAAUCAGUGAAAAAAGAUUGACGUUUGCUCGCUGCGGUAGCUCUAAUUUUGACUUCAUUGCACGGCCGGAGCUCCAUGAGUAAAGUGCUCAAAAAGUAGUAGUCGGCACAUCAAAGUCAAAAUUAGAGCUCCUUCGGCCGCGCGCUAACGUCAAUUUUUUUUUUGCUGAUUUUUUUUAUUUGCGCAACAGGUAGUCGUCUCUGUUUAAGCAAGAUGAACCUCUUAAUGCAGUGAUAGAUUUACCUUGAACAGAAUGCAGUGAUGAGAAUUUGACGUGGAAGUCUUUUUCCUCUUUCUUUUUUGGUUGUGUGUUACGCCUUUCUUCAGUUUAAGAUCAGAGGCAAGCUUGACGCCAACAGCCUUGCUGUCAUGGAUUACUAAAUGAAGUUAUAGGUGUAAUUUCGGUAUCCAAAAAGUAGGUUAAGAUUCAUUUUUGGUAUUGGUAAUAUCAAUAGUGAACGUGCACAAAUAAGCCGAUGAAUUUCCAGAACAAAUGUGGAAAUAUUUCCAAUAAGUAGUGGCACAUUCUCAGAAUCAACAACAUGAAUGGUUAUUGCCAUCAGAAAAAAUUUAAAUUUCUAGUAUCUCGAUAUACAGUAUUGUUAAGGAACUAGAGCACAUGUGUUUUCUAGACGACGAGGGCAGGCGGAAGUUUCCAGUUCUUUUCCCUAACGCUUGUUUAAGAGCUUGGUCUGUACUGUUUAGUUUAAAAUGCUAUAGCCAUGGCUUUCUAGCUUUAACGUUGAUAUCGAAGCACGUCAGAAGUGUUCGAAUUCUCCUUUCAGUCAUUCUUCGUGUCAAUUAAAAGAUCUGCGCUGAAGUUCCAUCACUUUUAAGGAUAGCAUGGAAUGUUCUGUAAAGAAUCAAUUAAAGAAAAGAAUAAAGAUUUGUUUUUGUAAAAUACGUUUAGAGAAUAUCAUUAGCAUUUAGACAUGUUGCGGAUAGCUUUAUUUAAGGGACGAUCAGGUUAAAAGAGAAAGUCCCCGAAUGAAGGCCUUCAUUUAUUCUUAAGGUGAUAUUUCUCGAGCGUUUUUUUAGAUCACUUUUGAGGUUGGAAAUUCUGAUCGCGUAUGGCGAGUUUUGCCUGUGCGCGCAACCUAUGGGACGAGUAAGUCAAGAAGCCGAGCUUGAAUAAGCUGCACUGUACAGCGGCCUUAAGUUUGUUUUUAGUUGUAAUUGAUCCUUUCAGGAAGCCAACAGUAAGCUGAGGAGAGAGUUGGGCCAACAUGACGAGAUAUCCAGGUUAAUGGUCAGCACCAAAGACUUAGGUAAUGUGACACAUUCUGAGCUGGUACAGAAGUUUGGUAAGAGUUACUGUACCCUUGUUCUCGGCCUCUAUGAAACACAACGUCGCCGUUGCCUAAAACAGUUACUGUUAAAGUUUUCUUACAAUUGGGUGAAAGUCCUAUUGAAUUAAAAGCAGCUUACACCAAAAUAACAGUCUUGAAACUUUUUGUGUUUUACUUGUUGGGCAAAAUACAUUCCUCUUCUUUCCUUGUAGCCCGUGUCCUUGCACUUGUUCUUGUUCACAUGUUAAACCCUGAUUUUUAUCACAGAUCAAUGCUGUCAUUUUUUGUUUGCAUAGAGCAGUCGUGAAAAUCAAGACUUCAACACCUUCAGAAGGAUCUUAUCAAGGUGGCUUUAUAUUGUCUCUGAUUUACUGGUGAGAUCCGAUAAGUGAUUCUCGUGCAGGCCUUCUAGCUAUCUCCUUCCUUAUCGCCAGCUUGUUCGUUAACGUUUUGAAAUUAUUAGCAAUGACAUGUCUAAUACUUCUAUACACAAAAGGCUACGUUUGAAAGGGUAAUCUCACCCAGAAUUUGAAUCAGAUGUACUGACUAAGUUAUAUAUUUACAGAAAAAUGAGAUGGAGAAGGAUUUUUUGAAACUACAAGAAGCUCACGAAGGGCAACAGGCACUUCUGCAAAAGUUGCAGGUGAGCGGGAUAUGCUAUAACAAAUAGAUGUAUAAUUUUGUUAGUUCUUGUCGCAUUUGAAAAAUUAGUGCUGGUAAUCUGUGAACAUAACUUAAUUCAACGUACCGUAACCUAAUGGUGUCAACCCUAAAUAACGUGCAUUUUAAAGAAUGCUGUGUUCAUUCAUAGUCUAGAAUUGCCAUCGUGAUAACUUGCCGUACUUUUCUUGAUGAUAUAGUUUCCACGACCUGAAAAAGGGAUGGAAAAGACAUAUGAAAGAAAAAGUGCUAGAAUGUUGCUUGUAAACUUUGUAGUGUGGUGGAAUUUCUCCAAUUACCGUGGUCAAAAAGUUCUGUCGGUGCAAUUGUAGAGUCCAAUUUUCUUUUAAACUCCCACAACCACUCCUUUGCUCCACUCAUUAUUCUGGUAUUUAAUUCUACUAGUGUCACCGUCUUUUGCUCACACAUGUACAAACUCUAUGUUUGGGUGGAAAAACUGAUCUCGAUUUUCUUCGCUGGCAGGGAAAGGUACAAAAGGCACAGACGAUUCAAGAGACCUGCAAGAAACAAGAAAAGGUGAAAAACCAUCGAGCGAGUUUGUGACACUGAGUUGUGAACCUUCCAGAAAAAAGGCGACAGUUAAUGUUUAAAUACGCAUCCCUUGUAGGUUAUUGUACAACUCGAGCAGCUUUCGGCCCAAAAGGGAAAGGGACCAUACAAUGGAGGUGAGUUACCUUUGAAACGCACCUGUAUAUCAAGAUGAAUUACAUUUGUUAUGAGUUUAUUAUAAAGAAACUUGUACGAGAAUGAUUCUUUAAAAAAAUACUUGUGUUAGAAGAGCGAUUCCAAAGAGGCAAAGUUGUUAGUUUUCAGAGAAACUAUUUCGUUGCAACGAAAGGAGUCUCGGUUUCAACUAUGCACGCAGAAUGAUUGUCUUGGGCUGGUUUCAUAAAGCGAAACUAAAUUGAUAGCCGUUGGAGCAGAAGAUCACAUGCGCUUGGUAUCUCAUCCACCCCUACCACACCCUUAUACCCAACAUGAUGUUACUCAUAAGGCGUAAGGCAAAUCAUAACUCGUCUUUAUUCGACGACCAAGCUCAAAAUUUACCAUCUUUCUGCAUAUAUUUACCAACUAUUAUCCCCUACUAGUCUCUACAGAAACUGGCGAAUCUUACAGAAAACUCAGUGAAGAGAAUAUCAGACUACAGGCAGAGGUUCUGCAGUACAAGGUAUUCAUAAGUUUUAUUAUAGUUUUUUUUAGUUUGACCUGUUUUGGGGAUGCUGAACACGCGGAACUGACACUUUUACCUUGAAAACACGCACACAUUUGAAGCAGUGGGAUGAAAACAAGGCCUGGAUAGUGCCAAAUAAACCUCUGAAUGUGUUGUGAUAUAUCGAAAAUGCCCUGUUUAGUUUGAAUAACGCUCAUUCUUCUAAAAACUACUUUAAGAUAUCAGUGCCUCUUCCCAAUCCUCUCUCUAUUAAACACCCUGUGCGUAAUGAUCACUCCCCUUCCUUAGGGAGGCGGUCAGUGGACCUCAUAGCCAGAAGCGUUCUCGGCAAGGUAUGAAGAGUACACAGUCACCAAAGAAAUCAAUCGGUUGACACUUCUGGCUCUUGGUCAAUUAAAUUAAGGGAAUGUAAAUUGCGGAUUUUGUCCCAUCUCAUAUUCAAGACAAGGAUUGUGCAUUUUGCAUUUCCCAGGAGCACAUCAAAAUGAAUCAGUUUAUUAAAUCCCACUAGGCCCAUUGUCAAACUCAAUCUAUUUCCUGUCAAUAUAUAUUACAUCCUACUGAUCAAAUAAACAUGGUUUGUGUCCACUGACUUUUUCGGUGGAAAGAAAGCUACUGGAUAAUUUGUUUUUCUCUCGUAAUCAGGAGCAGUUGAAAGCAGCCGAAGCCAAGCUGAAGAAACCAAGGUAUGUACAUUUAAUUUUUCAGUACACAUGCACUUUCAGCCAUCUUACAUCGUUCGGUGAUAAUCGGCCUCUAUCCAGUUUUGAGAAAUUGUCAGUGUGAGGUUGCCAGUCGGAUUGCGGCUUCAGCUAGAGAUAACGUUUUGGACCCUACUUCUAGUCUUCUGGAUUCGCCGACGAAAACGGCUCUUUCGUCCUUUGGGAUCGUUUGUUUUUAACCUUAUGAGAGUCAAAGCGAUUAGAAACGGAAUAAAUGUCUGGGAGACUGUCACGAAUUUACCAUGGGAACUGAACCUUUCAUGAAACUACCAGUUGAGGAGGAUACGUAAUGGUGACUGACUACUUGUCUGGUUUUGUUUCAGAUCACCAGGAGAACAGCAAGUGGUUGGUACAAGUGUAAGUGCGUCACUCUUGAAUCAAACGCAUUUUAUUACUAGUUAACUGGCUUCUCAAUCAGGGAAGUAUUCAUUUUAACACAAAGCUUUUACUGAGAGAGCCACGUUAUAGAUGUGGUUUCCAAACGUUUCGGCUGCUCAUCAAUUAGUGGAAAAAACUAGUUCUUUGUGAGUGGCGUAAAGUUUCAACUGAAAAUUUACAGUGGGCCCUUGGCUAAAGAUGACUUUUAAGUAAGUCCAAGGUUAAUACGUUGUAAUUUUGCCUUGAAGAUCGAGAAAUCUUCCUAGCCAUAUACGUAGGGGUAAAAAAGGCAGAUGGAUGACGAUUUUUGAGAGUGGAAAUCUCGAUCAGUCCAUGGACUUCCCAUUUUGUUCAUAGGACAGUAAUGAUUACAGUAGUAUAAACACUUUUAGGUAAAGAGGUGUAAGAUGAGAUCCACUUAUUUUUUUCAUUCCAAAGGUUUUAUUUUCGCCGUUGACAGAGUUCAAAUGUUUUUAAAACAUGGCGAGACUUGCAUUGCGCAAAAGUCUAAUUGAAUUGUCUGUUUGCAGAAUGGACCGAUGUCAGACAUGGAACGACUGGAACUUUUUGAAAAACUAGAGAAAGCGGAGGGACGGAUUGUUGCUCUUGAAAAACAGGUGAAGCACUCAGCUGCAUUGCUUCAAUUUUUGGAAGUGUGGAGGUUUGCUUUGUGUGACAUGUCAUAAAGUGGGUGGGAAGACAAGAAAACUGUCUGAUAGACAAAUGAUUAAAGGGGGUCAGUUUCUAAAGAAACUGUGGUGCUGCGUCGGUGGGAGAGUAUAGCAGGUAAUUUAGUGUCAAAAACUAAGUUGAAAACGUAAAUUGGCCACCGUAAAGAUUUAAAAGGCCGCUGACGUUUCGAGCGUUUCUUGUCGCUCUGACGAAGGGCUAACGCUCGAAACGUCAGCCUUUUAACUCUUUACGGUGGCCAAUUUACGUUUUCAACUCAAUUGUGAACACUAAAUUGUCUGUUAGACAGUCAGUCACGUUGGAUGGCUGAUUGUCGGGCGGUAGGCCGUCAGACAGACAGACAGACAGGCAGACAGACGAACAGGCAGGCGGGCAAGCAGACAGACACUUUCACAAAAAAAAUAUAUGGUUAAAAAAACUGAAAAAACAGCGCAGAGGUGUAAUAAACUUAGCUCUAAUAUAGUUUUCUCGGUUUCCUUGCAUUGUCUCUGUAGUUGGCAGAUAACGUCAGAAAAUGGGCGAAGGAUAAAGCCGACUUUCAGGUGACUAUUUUUCUUUUUUAGGAGUGAUAGUGUUGGCACAUUUUUUUUUUUCGGUCCAAAAAUUCUUUUGGUUCACUAAGUCCUAGUUCUCUAUAUCUAUCAACAUUUUCAGUUACCUAUCUAUUUUCUUUAUAUAUAUAUAUAUUGCGUAUAUUGUUUUAAAAUUACUAUGGAUAGUAUCAGUUUUGCCGAUGUUCCUUCCAAAAUGGAAAGGAGAAGCCAGUGAUGAUGUGUUGUUUGAGUAGCUUUGUGUUUCAUUUACGCAGAUGAAAUUAAACGAAAGUCAAGUCGCUCAGAGGACAGGAUACAAAAAUUCGUCCACUUCUGUAGAUAUUCUGGACUGGGUUUGUAUUAGUUUCUUUCUUCUUUUUCUCCUGGUAACUUUUGUAAGACUUCAUAGUAAGUGGUUGCAGAUAUAAGAGGAAAACUUGUGUCUGAACGCUGCCUCAGUUUUGUAGUGAGUGACCGGGAUAUUGCUAGUAUCUCACAUACUUCAUCCUCUUGGUCCCAGCCGGGACACGAGAGCCCACUUUCUAUCCUGUCCUUUGUUCUGUCUUAACUAAGUGGCAAUACAAAAGAAAUUUGUUUCCUUGAAGAUCGGCUCGCUCUGUUGAUCGAUAAAUAAAUUUCUUGUUGUAAACCAAGAGGCGAUUACCUCAUGCAUUUUUUUGUUUAGUUAGUCUGGCUGUUUGGGUAAACAAAACGUAUAGAAGUGUAUGAAAAGAGUUAUGAAAAGCCAGUGCCGAGAUCCUGUGAUGAGAACGUUACCUUUCUAUAUAGUAUUAAGUCUUAAACAUUUAAGUCGAAAACCUUACGUUAUGAAAUCCAGACCUUUAGGACCAACUGUAAAUCCACCCCGAUGUUUAGAGUUUUUAUUAUUCCACAGCAUAAUGGACCAAAGCCAAAUUCACCUUCAAGACAUUUGGGUCCGCGACGACCGUCACCUAAACUGGAUCCUUUGGAGAGAAGAUAGCAUUUAGAACUUCGAAAGUCUUAGUGGAUGAUUUCAUGAUCAGAGGACACUGGGCUCCAGCUAGGCAACAAUUAUCCCGAACGCAUCGAUCCUUUCUCUCUAGUCAAGAUCUGAAUAUUAAUUUUCCUGACUAAACCAUGCAUUCUUUGUCGAGUAUUCCUCGAAAUUUGUUUUUAUGUCUGGAUAGUAAUCCCCGACUUGAUUUGAGGGCUUUUCAAUUGAGUGUCGUAUAUCAAAAACCAAAGCAAGAAGAACUAUCAAUCAGAAUCAAAGAAACUAUCGCAAAGAGGAGCCAAUGAGUGCUCGAGGCAAAAACAAGCAAACUGCCCGAAGAGCGGGAAAACGCAAGUCACCAAGUUGAGAUUGGUGUUAGUUUUGCAUCUGAUUGGUUGAGAGAAUGGCGCGAGUGAGCUUGACCAAUCACAGAGCGACAGAAGUCGACUUUUGUGCAAGUUCAUAAAUAAAAGGUUUCUGAACACGAUGAAAGAAAACGCCGAGGAGAGAAUAACGAUCGACGAAAUGGUUCUUUCAGGGAACUAUGUUCGACGUUGAGCAUAUCCGAUAUUUGAAAGGCGACCUUGGAUCUUCAGAUAGUUAGACUAUGAGAGGAUGUGCAAACUUAUGUAACAUUUUAAUGCUGGGAAGAGAGAUUGAUCUUUCACUUGCUAUGAAAAGAAGGGCAUAAAUACACCUGUGCGAACAUUGAAACGGUCUCAAGGCGGGCCGAUAUCUCGCUUUUAGGCCAAUCUCUUUUGAACCGCUGAGCAGAUCAUAGGUUACAUUUGUAGGCACGGCCUCCUUUUUCAUGGCGUCUUGACAAGUGGAGGGGGACAGUGGGGCGGGAGCCCGGGAGAACAGUGGGCGGGAGAGGGCGGAAAGCGGGAGCAGAAAUAAAGAAAGCAAUAAUGUGUUGUUCAUUACUGAGUACCGUUCAGUCAAAAACACUUAUAUAGCAAAGUUUUGAAAUUUCCAUUUCACAUCCACCAAUGCUUAAAAGAAAAUUUUGGAAGCAAGGAAAUGUAAGUUGGCUGGAAAAACAGCAUUACUUCCGGUAAAUUUGGAAAUCUAUUCAAUUUGAUUACGUCAUAGGUCAUGAGAUAGCAUGACACGUGACACCUGUACACUUAUACUUCAGUGUUAGUGUCUGGUAAGCUGUAACUGUCGAAAAUAUCCAGCAAAGAAAGCGAUUCAGGGUCAUUCAGGUCAAAUGUCGUCAAAGUCUAUUUUAAUCGGCUUUAGUAUUUUUCAGUGUGGAAACGAAAUAUCCGUGCAUGGAAGACCUUCUUGGGAGCUUGCUCCGUACGACUGCACAUUCCAAAUUACUGAAGAUUUUCCCUCAUGGUGCAAACUUGUUUCAAAGGAAUGCCGCUUCAGUGAGCGCGCCGGAGAGUGCGGAGUGGUUCUCUUUUCAACGCAAUUUUUUUGAAAGUUAACCCGGGUUUCUGAUCCUCUCGAUUAACUUGAAGACGGGAGCAACACAAUGAAGGGUCGGAGUCGGGAGGCAAAGGGGCACAAAAGUACGGGAGGUAAGAGACUCUGACCUCCCAUAUCUUCUUUCUCCCCCCCCCCCCCCACACAAAGCUGAAUAAGGAAAUGCAGCGUCACAGCUAAGUGGUCAAUGACGCGGGCUCAAGCCCUUGAGGUUAAAAAUUCAGCGAAAUUUGAGGAGAACUAUAGGUCUAGUAUUUAAAACCAAGGUAUUCUGUCGUAGUUGAAGGCAUUUUCCUAUUUCCGGUGUUUUUAUGGAGAAAAUUAAUUUUUAAAAAUAUUUAGGGGGUGUACAAAGUUUUCAGAGGUUGUUCUCGAAAAGAAAAGCGAAAGGGAAACAACGCCCAGAAGCAACAGAUAGAAAAUCGAACGUGCAAACAACUCAAAAUCCGUCAGUCCUCUUUUCCGCGCCAAAGCUUGACGCAUGCGCAAAUAAUAUUCAGCUCUGUCGGGCGAUACUUGCUCUUUCUGAGUAUAAACAAAUGCAAUAAAGUACGCAAGAUGGCGUUAGACGUGGAUAGUCCUUUGGAAUCUCCGCCGAUUGCGGUAUUUAGGGGAUUGAGAUUUAUCUAUUGGUGAAGGAAAACGUAGCAAUAAUAACCAUGGCGUCUUCCAAAGCAUCGAAUGCCGGAAGUAGCUACCAGGAGCAGAGAGAGCAGAAGGUUCUUGAUGUCAUAUUUCUCUGUGACGAAUGGAAAUCUUCAAAGGGUGGAUUGUCAACUUUCAAUCGAGAAUUUGCCAUUAAUUUGGCACAAGCGACGACUGGUAGCAUGAAAAUUCACUGCUAUGUCUCUAAUAGCGAUGAUCGGGACAGAGAAGAUGCUAAACAACAUGGUGUCAAUUUAAUCACAGCUCGAAGUGUUCCUGGUUCAGCGGACCCCCUCGAGUGCUUGAAGUUUCCACCCUCGCAGCUCCCAAACCCACAUCUGGUGAUAGGCCAUGGAAGAAAGCUGGGUAUUCCUGCAAAUUUCCUAGCCCAGUCUACAAAGUGUAAAUGGGUCCAAUUUGUUCACGUCUACUGCGAGGAUCUUGGGAAAUAUAAAGAAUCUGCCACGGCUGCAGAAGAUACAAUCGAAGAGAACGAGAGGAAGCACAAGUUGGAAAUUGAGUUGUGUAAAGCAGCGGAUGCAGUUGUUGCCGUUGGCUCCCGUCUACAACAGAAGUACAGCAGACGUCUCCUUAAUGUUGAAGUGAAGAUUAUCACUCCUGGGAUCUUUGGAAAGUUUUCCAAUGAAUCAAAAUUGGCUGUAGACAGAUCGGUAGUAAAGAAUUUUAAUGUGUCUUUGUUUGGCCGAGCUGCCUUUGAGGAUCUUUCCCUGAAAGGCUAUGAUGUAGUUGCAAAUGCCAUUGGUUCUCUUGGUGAGAACUUUGAGUUGACAUUUGUCGGCUCAUCUCCCGGUGAACAACGAAAAGUUGAGCAAUGGUUUCUUGACAACACGAGCAUCAACCGCAAUCAACUAACCAUCCGUCGAUAUUGCAGUGAACAAGAGGAACUCAAGGUGAUGUUCUAUCAGUCAGAUUUGGUUGCUCUGCCAUCCCGUACCGAAGGAUUUGGGCUUGUUGCCCUCGAGGCCAUUUCUGCUGGUGUUCCUGUACUCGUCUCUGGUGAAUCUGGCAUAGCUGAGGCUUUGCAAAAAGUAGAAGGUGGAAACACUGUCAUUGUUGGAUCAGAUGAAGAUGAAGAUGAAUGGGCGCGAAGGAUCAGAGAGAUAUAUGAAGAAAGCGCAGAGGAGAGAGAAGCCAAUGCUGUGAAGCUUCGCGAGAACUACAGGAAGGUUUACUCUUGGAAAGCAGAAUGUGAGAGGUUUAAAGGGCUGAUUGAAAAUGUUGUGAAAACUACAUAUGGUGAGCUUACUUCUUUUAAUUUUUCUUUUUGUUCAUUACAUUUGCUAAAAUGUUAUGCUACAUGUAAGAAGCUAAGCCCUAUGAGUAGACCAAGCCACAGAAGAUAA